UGUUCUUUUGUUAAAAAAAAGAACAAACGUUGUUCUUUUGUUAAAAAAAAGAACAAUGACUGCUCUGUCCCUUUUUUUUUCGUUCUUUUGUUUUUCACUCUAUUUUUCUGGUAUAUAUACCUUCUUUUUUAUAAUUUUCGAAUCAGAAUUUGUGAAGAGGAGAGAGAAAAACUAUGGAAAGGAGAGAGAAACUGUGAAGAGGAGAGAGAAAGUAAUGGAAAAUUCUCAGAUAUUGGUUGAUUUUUCUACUUCAAUAUCAAAUUCUAUUGAUUCUUCUUCUUCAAAUUUGAAUUCCUCUGCUGAUAAUCCGAUUUGUGAAGCUGUUUUUGAAGAUUUAACAUCAUUUGUUGCUGGUCAAGUAAAAGCUUCCUUUGCUCUUCAAUACUGUACUUUUUGAAAAAAGAACAAACAUAAAA